AUGGCUGCUGCUGCGGGCCGAUACUACGGAGAAGGCGGCAGAGCAACGAAAAGACAGAAAACCGAGGAGGGAGGAAUGACCACGGAGAACUACGAUGAUCCCCACAAACCGCUCCCCUCCCCAGUGGUUCACAUCAGGGGCCUGGUCGACGGUAUCAUGGAGGCAGACCUGGUCGAGGCCUUGCAAGAGUUUGGAGCCAUCAGUUAUGUUGUUAUGAUGCCCAAGAAACGCCAGGCUCUGGUGGAGUAUGAGGACAUGAAUGGCUCCUGUAAUGCUGUUACAUAUGCAGCAGAGAACCAGGUUUAUAUUGCAGGCCACCCUGCCUUCAUCAAUUACUCCACCAGCCAAAAGAUCUCCCGUCCAGGAGACUCGGAUGACACUCGGAGUGUCAACAAUGUGCUGCUGCUCACAAUCAUAAACCCCAUCUAUCCCAUCACCACGGAUGUGCUGUACACCAUUUGCAACAACUGUGGUCCAGUACAGAGGAUCGUCAUCUUUAGAAAGAACGGGGUUCAGGCCAUGGUCGAAUUUGAUUCAGUCCAAAGUGCCCAGAGGGCCAAAGCCUCUCUGAAUGGGGCAGAUAUCUAUUCUGGCUGCUGCACUUUGAAGAUUGAAUAUGCUAAGCCAGCACGGCUCAAUGUCUUCAAGAAUGACCAGGACACAUGGGACUACACAAACCCCAACCUCAGUGGCCAAGAUGCUGAUGGUGAAGGCAAUUGGAACAAUUCACAAGAUCCUAAUGCUAAUCCUAACAAACGCCAGAGACAGCCUGCUCUUCUGGGAGACCACCCACCUGAUUAUGGUGGCCCUCAGGGAGGGUAUCACAGCUACAAUGAUGAUAGCUAUGGCCCCCCUCCUCCUCACCGCAUGGGGCCAGGGAUGGGAGGGCGGGGCCGUGGCGGGCAGCGGUAUGGCCCAGGGUACGGACCGCCGCCCCCCGAGUACGGCCCUCACGCUGACUCCCCGGUUCUCAUGGUUUACGGCCUGGAACCCACUAAGAUUAACGCUGAUAAGGUGUUUAACAUCUUCUGCCUCUAUGGAAACGUGGAGAGGAUCAAGUUCAUGAAGAGUAAACCUGGAGCUGCGAUGGUGGAAAUGGGAGACUGUUACUCUGUGGACAGGGCCAUCACUCACCUUAACAACAAUUUUCUAUUUGGGCAGAAACUUAAUGUUUGUGUGUCAAAGCAACAGGCCAUUGUACCAGGACAAUGCUAUCAGUUAGAGGACAACACCAGCAGCUUCAAAGAUUUCCACGGCUCUCGCAACAACCGCUUCACCUCCCCAGAACAGGCAGCCAAGAAUCGCAUCCAGCAUCCCAGCAACGUCCUGCACUUCUUUAACGCACAGCCUGAUAUUUCUGCAGAGAUCUUCAACCAGGUUUGCGAAGAACUGGGAAUCAAAAGCCCCACAAGUGUGAAACUUUUCACCGGAAAAAGCGAGCGGAGUUCAUCUGGCCUCCUAGAGUGGGAAUCCAUAAAUGACGCCAUGGAAGCCCUCGCGAUGAUGAACCAUUAUCAGAUGAAAAACCCAAGUGGACCUUAUCCUUACACACUGAAGCUGUGUUUCUCAACCACACACCACGCCAACUAAAUACUCCUCUUAAUCUAUUUGUAAUGUUUUGUGUCUUUGUGUAGAGUAUAUUGCUGUUUCGUUGUCACCUCCCAUGAAAACAUUGAACCAGUACUGACAAAAACCUAGGAUCGAUGUGCUUUAAAACAUGUUACUUAAACAUUGAUUUUCUACGAUUCCUUUUUCCUUUUAUCAUAUUUUUCAAUCAGUUAUUUUGUAUGUUCAGACACUCGUUUUGAAGACACACCCCACCCACUGUUGUGAAUAACAUUUUAGCGUGGACCUUAGUCUUGUGAACAGUGAACAGUACCCGUAACAUGGAAGCAGGCGUUACCAGGUUUCACAAAUACCGAUACAUGUAUUUUUCAUAAUUUAAAUCCCAUUUGACAGAGAAACAUCUGGAGAAAUAGUACAUUGAAUAUCAUGUUCGUGAAAGGGGAACAUCUGUAGUUUACUGGCUGAAAAUGGACAUGUCUGCUUGUCUUUAAAGUGGUUAGGGUGCCUUUCUUUUGUUGAUAUUGAACUGUAGAAAAGAUAAUCACAGUGAAUAUUUAUAGCUAACACAUGACAAACAAAUCAGUAAAAUACUAAAGAUAUGACUUUGGCUGGAAUGACUACAAAAAAUUCUGUUUGUUUUUACAUAGCAGUACUAAAAGUUAAUGUUAGCUAUGAUCGAGCAUAGACCACAUCUGUACACACAGGUUUUUAAUGCAUUAUGUAUAAUAAUUAAAUGUACUCUUGCUAACACCGCUGCUGUGUUCUGGGAUGUACAAGUGCAGCUUUUUUUUUUUUUCUCAAUAAAUGGAUGGCAGUAAGCCACAGAUUGACCAAUUA